ACUUAACCCAUGUUACUAUAUAUAAUGUAUCAAUUGAGUACAGCACGGUCUAAUCAUAUUUAAUAAGCUAAACAUCACUAGAUGCAUUUAGUUUUAAACAUCAUUUCAGUGGAACUAUGAUUAUUCUCACAAUUUAAUAAUAAAAAAAGAUACACAUCGUCAUAAAGAGGGAUCUUUUUUCAUCAUCGUUGGUUAAUAAAUGAAGAUCUGGAUGACUCGCUUCUUGGGAAUUCUUCUUGUACUUGUACAAACCAGUAAAGGACACGACUACCAUUUACCACCCCUACCUGGAAUACUACAUGGACAUAGGAGCCAUGUACCGGAUUAUUUACUCAGUCACCCCAGCCACCUGGUCUAUAGCCAAGACAAUGGUUUCAGACCUUUGCAUACUGGAUACGGUCAUGGUCAAGCAGAAUUCAUGUUUCCAAACUAUGAAUAUAAUAAUUAUGAUCCUAGAAUGAUGCCCUCAAGCCAUAGAUUAUAUCAAAACGUUCAGGGUGCUAUCUCUCCGGAACAUGGAUACCCUACACAAGCGGUACACGGAAGGAGAAUGACUCGCCAACCUUAUUUAGAGCAAGGGUAUGGCAUUUCUGGUAACGAUGCUUCACGAGAACCUCGAGGUGGUAUGCCGGUAGAUCAAAUAAAUCCAAACGGAGCUCAGACUUACGACCCGAUAUAUGAUACUGGUACUCAGUCAUAUGAUGUCAACCCUCCACAGAAUUACGAAAACACCAUCGUGGAUACAUCAUUUCAACCAAGAAUGUCUGAUAACAGAUUUGGUCAGCCAAGGACAGCUGGAAGUCCGCGAGAAAGAGUACAAAGGCCAAGACGCCAGAGACCGGAAGCACAGCAGGAAGGAUUAGAUCGUCAAGGUCAACGUGAUCGUGGCGGUAUUCGUGAAGGUUAUAUAGGAGCCAGAGGUGGGACUCGUGGAUUUCCCUACAUGGGUGGAUUUUGUGGCGGCAGUCCUAUGUGUCGGGAUGGGGGCUUAUCUGCGGGUGUCGCUAACGGAAUUGGAGUCGGAAGUUUAGAAGAGUUUAAUCGACGGAGGAGAACUGGUGAAAAUAAAGAUUUAAGCCUUUACGAAACACUGAUUCGUCGACGUUCUAGAAGACAAGAAAGCUAAAAUCCAUUCUGUGUAAUCGGACGAUUUAUAUACUGUCUGCUUACUUUUGCAUUUGUAUGACAGAGCUGUUUGCCAAUCACUUUUCUGUUAUUUUUCUACUGUUCUAGGUAAUAUGUUAUUGGUAGACUCAAUAUUUUAAUGAAGAAUGUUUAAAAAUUUUGUGUUUCACUGUCCAUUCCCCGUUAUACGUUAUGAUAUACUAACAUAAUUAUGUCUUUUUUACAAUCAAGCGUCUUUUUAAGAGAUCUCAGAGUGUAUGCAUAAUAACUAUUAUGUACUUGUAUCGAUUAAUUAUACAUUUUCCAUGUCUGUAUUAUUGAUUAUAACAAACGACUGAUAUUGUCAAUUUUUAUUUGAAAGAUUGACUUACAUUACUAAGUCUUGGCGUAACUACAAAGACACUCUGUGCCAUUUGGAUUUGAAUUUGUGUAGUUUAUGUCAUUUGAACAUAAGAAUAAUUACAUGUAAAAAUGAAGCAGAAACAAAAU